UGGACAUACUUUAUAACCCUCCCUUCCUCUACCCAGAGUCACGAAGUGAGGAUUACUUUCAUUUUCAUUAUACAUCAGAGAUCAUGACUGAAAAACAUGAAAAUGUAGUGAAGGCUGGACUGGAUGUGGUCACAGACCUGCUUGAUAAAGUCUGUAACCUAAAAAAUGAAAUUGUGUUGAAGAAAAAUGAACUUCAGAGAAUGGAAAAAGACUUUACUACUCUUGCAAAAACGGGUCAAAACAUUGUGAAUACUUUUGCUCAGAAAGGUCAGCUAACAUUCAAUACCCUGAAGACCACCAUUGACAAAAUACUUGAUUCAGAAUCAUCUGAAGAGGAGGAAAAAGAGGAGGAGGAGGAGGAGGAGGAAGAGGAGGAGGAGGAGGAGGAAGAAGAGGAGGAGACAGAAGAAGAAGAAGAGGAGGAGGAAAAAGAUGAUGAUGAAGAAGAAAUAGGAAGAAGAGGAGGAGAAGUUGGAGGAAGAAGAGGAAGUGGACAAAAACAAGAAGAGUUAGAAGUGAAAGAAGACCCAGUGGUAUCACAGACAGUGACUUACUGCUUAUCAGUUCCUCCUAAACUCCAUAAUGAGUUCAAGCUCUGCUGCCCAGAGUAUUACCAGAGAUUGAAGAAAACCAUGGAAGGAGAGAUUUAUCCCAUAAAGGAAAAGAAUGACCGUAAACGCCAGGCUCUCAUCAUCUGUAACACUAAAUUUGAUCACCUUCGUCAACGAAGUAGUGCUGAACAUGAUAUUUCGGGAAUGGCUAAAGUACUUAAAGUCUUGGGAUAUAAUGUGGAUGUCAGAGAAAACCUUACAGCUAAGCAAAUGGAAUCAGAGUUGAAGGCAUUUGCUGCCCGCGAAGAGCACUUGCAGUCUGACAGCACAUUUUUGGUAUUCAUGUCUCAUGGCAUCUGGGAUGGUAUCUGUGGGAUAAGGCAUGAAGAGAAAAACCCAGAUGUGCUGGCCACUAAUACCAUCUUCCAAACUUUCAAUAACCAUAAUUGCCCCAAUCUAAGAGGUAAACCCAAGGUUAUCAUCAUCCAGGCAUGCCGAGGAGAUGGCAGAGGCAUGAUUUGGGUGCAAGACAAAAAAGGAUAUUCUCCAGACCAUGUCUGGUCCUUUCAAGUUAAUAGAGAGUUUAAUUUUGCAUGUGAUUCUAUUAGAAUGGAGCAUGUGGAAAAGGACUUCAUUGCUUUUUGUUCUACAACCCCACAUAACGUUUCUUGGACAAUUGAUAAAGUGGGCUCUGUCUUUAUCCAGCAACUCAUAGAGUGUUUCCAGAAAUAUGCCCACUGCUGGCACUUGGAGGAUAUUUUCCUUAAGGUUCGGAAUGCAUUUGAGACUCCAGAGAAAGUUGCCCAGAUGCCCACAGUUGAAAGAUUAUCUUUGACAAGACGUUUUUAUCUCUUCCCAGGAAUUUAAUGCUAUGAAAAGGAAACAACAGCUAUUAACAACACAGGAAAUAACAUGCUACACAAUUCUGAAGUGCCUGAUUCUUCCAGAGAGAUGCUAAAUGCAGAAUUUUUUCCAAACUUAUCUCUUCCUAUCCCCCUGCAUACACUUCUACUUUCAUACUUUUCUUCAUGCUUUUUCCUAAAAUUUGAAAUACUCAGAUUAAAUAUGAUUCUUUCAAACAUGAAGUCUGAUGUCCUCUAAGAAGAUUUUUCUAACUAAUUCACUUCUCUUCUAGUUCAAAGUACUUAAAAGCAUCUUUUCAUUUUACCUUAUCUAGUGUUUUUACUAUGACCACAACCCAUUUUUAUUGCUUAAUGUGAAAAUAUCUUAAUUUAGAAGAAUCAAUACCUUGAUGUCAGGAAUAAUGCCUUCUCUUUUUUGUCAGUGUUUUCUCUGUCUUAAAAUAAGUUUUGGCUCAAGAGGGGGACUUUAAUUGUGAUUUUUAUUUAUACCAUAACUACAACUUUUUAGAAAGAUGAUGAGUUUUCUUUUGGUGUCAUCAGACAAAAAAUUAUCACAAAAGUGAUCACUGAAUCAGUGCAUAUUAAGACCAAAGGACACUUAGAUAAUUAAGAUAGCUAUUUGUGCUUAUGAGAUAUCUGUCUCCUAAAACUCUAAAUAUCAAUUAAUUUCCAAAGGUUAUUGGGGAGAAUUUAUUAUCUGAUUGUAAAUUCUUUGAGAACAUGGUCUCUCUAUAUAACUUAGCAUCCCCAAGGACCAACAGAGUAUUUUGUACUUUAAUUAUUUGGGGCUAUUCCUGUGAUUAAAUUAUCAUGAGGAACUCGCAGUGAGGAAACUCCCUUUACCAAUGCAAAUCAGUCAAGUAGUGAACAAUUAAACCAUAACUAUUUAAUAAAAAGUAAAUACAUGGUUUGGCAAUUGACCUGUAACUUACAGUGUCAGAAAGUCACUGAAAAGAAAGAUGAUUUUGCAAGGAUCACACUGACAAAAAUCAUUCCAGUAAGGACUUGAACCUAGAUAUUUCUGCUAUGGAGCUAUAAAUAUUCACUAGACAACUUUUAUUCUUGCCCUAUACAUAAUGGCCAUUUUAAAUGUUUACUGAAUUAAAUUUGAUAAAUUUUAGAAUGGGUAGAAUGUAAUUCAUUCAUUCUAUUCAUGACAAAUUCAUAGAAAGACUAUCUGAGAUUUCAAAACAGGGCUGAGGACCUUGAUGUUGUCCUAACAUUUUUGUUAUUAUUUGCAUUAUCUAUCCAAACGAUAAGCUCCAAACUUUCUGAUUAAAUUACUUCCACAAUUCUUUUAGGUUUUGUUUUCUUUUUAAAAUAUAUUUUUAUCUUUUACUUUUAUCUCAUCUAUAUAUCUCCCAUAUUUUUCAUGUUCUAUUUUGAGGGCUAUCUUUUAUACAGCAAAUGAAAAAAAUUACAAAUCAGCAAAACAGACAAUAAAAAUGUAAUAUCUGAGAUUUCAAAAUCAUUGAUUUUCAUCUCUGCAAAAGUGGAAAAGGAAAUAUAACUGAGUUCUUCUCAAAUAUGUUCAAUAUUCUGCAUGAUAUUGAUAUUGACUUCUUGUGGUCAACCACUGUGUGAAUAUACACAUUCAUACAUACACACAUCAUAUAUAACUUUCUUACAUAACAAUGCUUUCUCUUUCCAUAAAACAUUCUUAAUAAUAUCUUCAGACUAAGUGACUUCUUUUUUUCCAUUAUCUUUGUAGCUUUUCAGCUGCUUUAUAUAUGUUAUCUCUUCUCAUCAGAAUUUUAACUUCCUUAAGGGGCUACUUUUCUUUUUGGUUCUAUUUGUAUUUGCAGCAUUAAGUACAAUACAUGUCACAUAGAAAAUCCUUAAUAAAUGCUUGUUUCUUUA